UCGAGUUUUAUUUUAUUAUUUUUGAAAAGAAUAGAAGCUUUCAGUGAUGAAAGAUUAUUGAUAUUUUCGUGAAUCAUGUACAUGUUUUAUACUACUCCAUUAGUUAUAAGAGAAAUUAUUAAAUAUCCUUAGUGUUAUCACACAGCGAUGAUAAGUAAAAUGCAAUAAGUGACGACGAUGGCGUCUGAUGGAGAGACUUCUUGUACGAAUGAUCCUAAUUUUGCUGUUAUCUUUUCAUUUUUAAAAGUUUUUGGAAAAGUGUAUGGCUUGGAAAUACCAACAAUAUCUAAAUUACAGGAAGUAAUAGAGAAUACUGAAGAAGUAUUGGAGCCAUUAAAGGAAUUACAUCUGAGACUUCUGCGUCGCGCUUUGAAAUCUGUACAGAGUUCACGAUGGGAAAAAUAUCUUAUAAAGUUUUGCCACCAACAAUCAUACCAUCAAGAGGCUUGGGAAAUAGAAAGAUUUUCUUAUAAGAAAGCUAGUACUCAGGUCAAACUGAAAGCUUUGAAAUUGUUGCUUGAAUACCAAUUUACUUGCCAUGUAAAGUUCAAGAAUACAGUUAACAACAUAUCUUGUAAGGAGUUGAGACUGGAACCUAUUGGUAGAGAUAAAAAUGGCUGUGUUUACUGGCUUCAAGUAGAUCAGGCAGCCAACUUGUGUUUAUACAAGGAGGAUCAGGAUGAAGAGACUUGGCAACUUAUUGCAAGAACUAGAGAAGAAUUUAAAAAAGUUAUUACUCAGUUAAAAACUGGAGAAGAAAUCUCACUUUCUGCUACAACUAGUGGUAGUAUUGUAAAUAGUGAAGAUUCAAGUAGUAAUGAUAUAACCCAAAAGAAAGAGCCUUUAAAUUCUGGUGAAGUCGAAGAUGAAAAUGAAGAAUUCCUGAGCCCUGAGUCGGAAACAGACCAUGAGAGUGAUAAUCAAAAUGAGCAAAAAUCUCCUGAAAGUAUGAAAAUAACAAAAUGUUCUAAAGACAAUGUAAAUAAUGAUGUAAAUAGUGUAAAUGAUCAAUCUAAUAAUGUAGAAACUAAGGAAACUGUAAAAGACUUAAGCCAGGAUACAUGUAGUGAAAAUGUAAAUCAAUCAAAUGUUAAUGAAGUAUCAGUUGAAAAACAAGACAGUAAAGAAGAUUCCAAUAAGGAAGUUUUGGUAUGCACUGAAUCCACAGAAAAAUUAAGUGUAGAAAGCGAUAUUACAAAUAAAGACCCAGUCACCCUAGAUGAUAAGAAAGAAGACUUAAUGGAAAAAACAUGUGAAGAUAAGACAACGGAUAAGCAUCUUGACAAUGAAAAUGAAACUGUAAGUAAAACUAUAGAAGAACCAGUACUAAUUGUUACAGGAGAAGGUAAUGGUGCUGAUUGUGAAAGCUCUUAUUUUUUUGGAGAGGAAAUAAGUGAACCUGUUAUGUUUAUUUAUGGUGAUGGUUGGGGUUUUGAAAAUGAUACUGGAAAUCCUGAAGUUGAGGAUAAAGAUCAGAGUGAUGAAAUCUCAGAGGAAGAAAAUCCAUCUGAAGAAUGCAAUGGGGAACAUAAAGAGGUGACUAACAAUGAAAAUAAAUUAGGAAAGGGUGUUAAGUUAAAAACAGUGAAAAAAAGAACAUUGAAAAAACAGUCAACUGAUAACAACGAAGUACUUAAUCCAGAUUCUAAAAAACAACGUAAAAGAGAACCUGAAAAAAGCACUUCAAAUUCUAGCACACUCAAUGAAACAAAAGAAAGUUCAGUUAAUGAAAAUACCCCAACGGACCAGGAUAGUGUAAAUAAACCUAAAAAAAAACUUAAAGGUAAGCUUAAGAAGAAACAUAUUCUAAGAAAAAAUGUCAAGGAGAAUGAUAAAAUAAAUUUAGUUGCUGAAACUGAAAAGUGUCAAAAUGGUAAGACCAGUAUUAUUGAGAAGAGAAAAAGCAGUCUGUCUUCUGAGCAUGAUGAAGACGAUCAAACAGAAAGUUUGAAUGAAAAAGAUAAAACUCCUGAACCAGACCUUAAAGAAGACCCUUUACCAUCGAAAAAACUACGCUUAGAACCCACACCUGAUGCAGAUGGAUCACAUUCCAAAGAAACUGAUACUUUAGACAGUAAAAAUGAUAUAAGUAACGAUAAUAUCGAAAAUAAAGAUUUAAAUGUAGAUGAAAAUAAUCAUGAUUCUAUAUCAAAUAGGAAAAAAAUUAAAGCUAAAAAAGGUAAACUCAAAUCGAAGAGAUUCCUUAAGAAUAUAGAUGAAUCAAGUAGGAAUGAUAAACUUAAUGAUGGGAAGAAGCAUAGUAAAGCAUUAAAGAGAUCACUAGUUAAUUCUUCUUUGAGUGACAAAAAUAAAUCAGAAUCUCAAAGUGAAAGUGAAGAAGAUGAACCUCUUAGUGGUGGGAAAAGGUUGAAAAUAAAACCUAAGAAAAUUAUUACCUCAACUAGAAAAAAAGUGGAAGCAAAACAUAUGGUAAAAAGUUCAAGUGAAUCUGAAGAGGAAACACUAUACAGUUUAGCUGGUAAAAAAUCUGCAAAAAAAUUAAAGAAAAAAGGUAACAAUGAUAAACAAAAAUCGAAGUUAGACAAAAGUGAUGAUUUAGAUACACCAGUGAGGCAAUCAAGAAGGAUUGCUCAGAUGAAGAUCAAAGAGGAGGCUGACAGGCGGCAUUUGGAAGAAGUCACCUUACGGGAACUGAAAAUGAUUCAUACAAAAAAGAAUAAAGAUGACGAAGAGGAUUGGAAAGCUAGCGGUAGCAGUUCAGACUCUGAUUGUAAGUUACGGAAAAAACAAAAUAAAUGGAAGGCCUCAGACUCCACUGGUCCAGAUCAAGAUUCGGACUCUGAUGAACCACUGUUUGAACCCCAAUAUGAGCCGGAAUUUGACCUUAAUAAGUCAGACCACGAGUUUUCUCCAGAAUCUGAUUUAGAGAGUGAAGAGCAAGUGGAACCGGUCAAACGAGCUAGAACACUACAAGAAGAAGCAGAUGGCGCUGAUGGCGCUUGUCGCCGUUGCGGCAGCGGUGAGCAGCCUGAGUGGAUAUUGCUCUGUGACAAGUGUGACGCCGGAUACCACGCGAGCUGCCUCAAGCCAAUGCUGUUCCUAAUACCGCAUUCGAACUGGUUUUGUCCGCCCUGUGACCAUGAACUUUUAAUAGAAGCGCUAGAGAAGGAGCUGGUGAAGUACGACGAGUUGGUGGUUCAAGUGGAGGCCGAAAGAGAGAGAAAGCUGCUUGAGGAGCCAAAGAAAGAGAAGAAAGAUGUAAAGGAAGAAGAGAAAGAAGAGAUUGAAGAGAAGUCCGAGGAGGAAUCUGAAGGCAGCGAUAGUUGGUCGUCAUCAUCGUCUUCGGGUGCGGUGUAUCGACUGCGCGCGCGCAAACAGUUGCCUGUUUCCUACCGAUCAAGGGAAUAUGACCGACUGAUCUCAUCCGCCAUUAAGGAAGAGUAUGUAGAACCAACCACAAGUGCCGGAAACCAGGGUCGGGGAAAGGAUAUCUCCACUAUCAUUGAAGCUGCUGAGGAAGAAAAGAUGAAGGCUCAGCGAGUAGCUAUUGAGCAGGGUAAGGCCGUGGAAGCGAAGAAGGCGACUCGCAAACAACGCCGUAAAGCCCGAAAACUUAACUCACUGGACGUGCCUUCAGAGGACGACGACGAAAUUGAUGAGGACUUCAAGGACACUGGUUUAGAGUCGUCUUCGUCUGAAGUGUCAUCUCGUGGCAGUUCUAGCGAAACACCCUCUGACGGGCGAAGAGAAAUGAAAAGUAUAUUGGAAUCAUCGCCCGAUGCGAAGAAGAAGAAGAAAGGUGUAUUCGAUGAAAGUAGCAGUGAAUCGGGCGGAGACAAGGAACACAGUAAAAAAAAACAAAAGAAGCCUCAUUCAUCGAAGAAGCGCGACAAAUCAUCAAAGCGCUCGCGCAAGAGUGGUCUGACGCAAUACGAUGCAGCAGGGAAUGUCAUACGGGCGAGGGUCACGUACGGCGGACUGAGUGACGAGCCAAACGAUUGGUCGCCCAAACAUCGCACCAGGCAAAAGAAGAUUAAUUAUACAGAGAUACCUAAUACCGAGUCGGAGGAUGAAAUGCACAAAUCAAGCGGCAAACACAUGCUGGACAGCUCUGAUGAGUUCAAGAUAGAUGAUUCGGAAAUAAGCUCGGACGAAUCAGCCGGACGGCAAGCUACAGUUGACGAAGAAGAGAAACGGAAAGCCAUUACGGAGCUGAUCAGCAAGACAGCAGUGGUUCCUUUGGAGAAAUUGCCCGAUGACGUCACUAAGGCCAAGACCGAAGAGCUGCAAGCACACCUUGAAGCACAUGCCAACUUAGUGAAGCCCUCUCGAGGUCGCGGCAGCCGUGGCGGACGAGGAAGCCGGGGCGGUCGUGGGCGCGGUCGCGGAUCUCGCCCUGGUGCCUCCACCCCGCCAUCUGACGACGCACUCGCGAAGCUCGUUGGAGUCAAGAUUAAAGAUCUAAGAACGGACAGCACGGUCCUGACUCCUAAUCAAUUGGAAAGAGAAAAGAAACGACAGGAGCGUGAAGCAAAACAAGCAGAAAAAGAAGCGCGACGAAUGGAAAGAAUGCAGAAGAAAGAAGAGAAGGAGAAAUUGAAAGAGCUCAAGGCGAAAGAGAGGGAAGAGAAAAAACAAGCGAAGCUCGCGUUACAAGAGAGUCGACGUUUGAAAAGAGAAAGCGGGCUAACACGCCCUCCCGGUGAAGCGUACAUGGGUCGACCGGAAUAUCCGGGUGGAGGUCCAGAUUAUCCGGGUGCAAGGCCGGAAUAUCCAGGACCAAGGCCGGACUAUCCAGGUUCAAGGCCAGAGUUCCCGGGCGGUCGUCCGCCGGAUUUCCCUGAACGUUAUCAACAUAAUCAACAACCCCGGUUGCAGGUGCGUCCGGAGUUACGCGGCAUGGCCGGAGGUGAGGACCGAAUGGUGAUGAGGCCAGACCAUCAUCACGUUAUGAGAGAAGGGACUCUCUCAGUGGCGGGAUCUCCUCAGCCAUUUGCUCCGGUUUCGGAGGAGCCCAGCAUCAUCACACGGAUGCCGCACGUUCUCAACCACCACUAUAGGGGUCAAAUGAUGUAUCCACCAGGUGGUUCGGGGUACGGUCCACGCGGACAAGGCAUGAUGUAUCAGUUGCACCCGGGGCUCGGGCCGCAAAGCCGGCCUCCAUACCCGCAAUACUACUAUCCUAGAGGAGGCCCACCCGGGGCUAUGCCUCCCCACGGCCCGGCGUCUUCCCCGCAAGGCCCCGUCGCCAAUCCGCCCCACGGCCCACCGGUGUCCUCCCCUCACGGACCCCUUCAGCCUCCCCAUCGACCGCCCGUCUAUCGGCCCCAAGGCCCCCAUCCGACCUCAUACCCCUUGCGCCCGCCUCGGCCUGACUCUCAAGGAUCUGGCCUAUACCCGUCCGGCAUGCACGGGCCUGCCUCGUCGCCCCACGGUCCUAUGUCUCAGUCCCCGCACGGACAUAUGUCGCAAUCCCCCCACGGGCCCAUGUCCCAAUCUCCUCACGCGCCGCAUCUACCCGCCGGGUUAGGGCAGGGACCUCCGCCGUCCUCUCCCCACGGGCCCAACGUACCUCACGUGCAUCCCGCCUCAUCUCCGCUCGGUCCCUCCCCGGGUAUACAAGCAAUCCGAUCCGCGAUGCCCGGGAACCCACCGAUGCUAAUCCGUCCCCCGAGCGAAGUGAACGCUUCACCCAACAGACAGAAUUCCCCGACGCCUGAUAACUUCCCUGUUAAGAUAAAAGCGGAAGUGAAAACGGAGCCCGAGUAUCAGUCGCCCCCGAUUUCACCCUCGCAACGACCGGUAUCACCUGACCUUCCUCGCAAUAGGAUCAAACACACAGAGAACAAAGCUCGACCCUUAGGUCCGUACGCGCCCCAAUACGGUCCCUACGGUCCUUACGCUCCGCCAGCCUCGCAAGCCGAAGUACUGCAGGCUCGUUUACACCAUAAUCCAUUGCAUCGCAUGGGGAACGUCCCGCCGUACCUUCACGGGGACACCAGGGGGUCACCUUCUAGUAGUCCACUUUCAGGUCCCGAAAGGAUGCCCUUCGAAGUCAUGCGGCCCGAGAGACCUCACGACGGCACACAUCCGGGAAAUAGAGGACUUCACGAAAUGCUCAGAGCCACCGGCCCAGAUAAAUUUAUGAUGCGGCACGACAGGCCCAUUAUGCACGAAGCUAAUAGACCGCCCACUAAUGAGGGCUCUAUUUUGCACGACAUGAUUAGGGCACCCAUAAGACCUAUUAUGCACGACAUGUUGAGGCCGCCGUUAGACCGACCCCCAUCCGAUUCCAUGGCGGAAAACAGAUUCUCGACGACACAGCCACAACUGCAAUCUCUACCUCGGCCUACGGCUCCCCAAAGAAAUAUACCCCACGACAUGAGAUAUCACGAAAUGUCUCGACCUCCCGGCCCCGACCGCCCCAUGCAUGAUAUGUUAAGGCCACCGGGACUCGACCGUUCUAUGCACGAUAUCGUAAGACAUCCUGGUCCAGAUAGAGCACACGACAUACGGCCGUCAGAUAGGCCUAUGCACGACGUGUUGCGGCCUUCUGGACCCGAUCGGUCUGCGCAUGAUCUUAUCCAGCAACCUGCGCAGGAUCGUCCCGUACAUGAUGCUAUCGGACAUUCUGGCCCGGAUCGUCCCGUGCACGAUAUGUUACGGCCGCCAGGUCCCGACAAAAUGUCAGAAUUAUCUAGGUAUCCGGAUCGGAAUCUGAUUCGUGACAUGUCUCGCUCCCACCCGGAUAUGAUAAGACCGAGUGGCCCAGAGCGACUGAUGGGUCACGACCUGCCUCCCCACUAUUCGUUUAUGCGGCCUCAAAUGCGCGCUCCUUACGGAAUGCCCAUUCGCCCGCCGGGGCCCGAGCACGCCAGCCCGAUUGUGCCGCCUUUCGCACAGUACGGUGACGUCAAUAAACAGUCGGUGCAGAUGAGAGAAUCGGUGCUCAUCAGAAAACCUUCCCCCGACCCAAACGAAUUGGAGUCCCGCGAGACUGAAUCUCCGAGGGACGAGGAACCGCCCGGGUCCCCUCCCGAAACUAAGCCGAUCGUACCCAACUUGGAAGAAAAUGUAAAUAAAGAUGUAGCGAUUAAGUUAAGCAAUAUUAAAGUAGAGCAACCGAGUGACAUUCCCGAGGGUCCCGAAAUCUCCCAACCGGAGGGAAGUCGUAUCCCUCGAGAGAUAAGGAACGUGGUACGGGAAGAGGGAAAUGUUCCCAGAGAUGAAGGAAGCGUAUUCGGCGGCUUAGUCAGUUAUUUCUCGAGCCAGCGCGAAGAUGACUUAGAUGCGUAGUGACUAGAUGAUGAACUGUAAAUAUAUAGAUAAUUGUAUUUAUACCGACGACGGCGCAGACGCCUAGACGCUCGCUGUGAUUAUAAUGUUAGGUUUCAUUUGGUCCUCGAAUACGAAUGUAUUAUUUUGUUUUUAAUUAAGUGAGAUUUAUUUAUAUACAGAAUUAUAAGUACUUAUUGUAUACUCUAAUGUGAAUUUUAUUACAGAGGUAUUUCUUUUUGCAAAAUAAAUGUUUUUCUCCUA